GCUACCUGGGAAGGGGAGGGCGGAGGCUCUUAAAUUACAAACCAACCAUGAAGCUCCUGAAAGAGCUGGUGGCUGUGUUCAUCCUGUUACCCCGCUUUCUCAUCACCGCCUUCAUGCUGUGGCUCCUCGAUAUCCUGUGCAUCCGAAAGCGGCUGUUGUCUAAGAGUAGGCAACAGAGCGAAGGGAAUGCCGAUGAUCCUCCCCUGUGUGUCUCGGACACAAACCGAAUGUUCACCCUGGACUCCCUCAGAGCGAUCUGGUACGGCCAGAAACUGGACUUUUUCAAAUCCGCCCAGGUGGGCUCGCCGGCCCCCAACCCUGAGGUGGUGCAGCUCCGGGACGAGAGCACGGUCCGGCUGCUGGACUAUAGCUGCGGCGGCAGACCACUCAUUCUCAACUUUGGCAGCUGCACCUGACCCCCUUUCAUGGCGCGCCUCAAAUCCUUCCAGAGGCUCGCCGCCCAGUAUGCUGACACUGCAGACUUCCUCCUGGUCUACAUUGAGGAAGCCCACCCUUCCGACGGCUGGAUCAGCACCGAUGCCCCGUAUGACAUCCCAAAGCACCGCUCCCUGCAAGACCGCCUGAAGGCUGCCAGUCUGAUGGACAGAGAGAACCCUGGCUGCCUUGUGGUGGCCGACACCAUGGACAACUCUUCCAACGCUUCCUACGGCGCUUACUUUGAACGGCUGUAUGUCGUGCAGAACCAGAAAGUCGUCUACCAAGGAGGGAGGGGGCCAGAAGGAUACAAGAUCUCCGAACUCCGAGUGUGGCUUGAGCAGUAUACAAACCAGAGCCACAAUCCCGACACUGUCCUGGUUGAAGUGUGAAUGAACUAAAUGCACUGAACUCGUAGAAAGGUUUAAUAUAUUUUGAAAACAAUUCUUCCUCCCUACUAUUUACCGCAAUGUUUAUGACUGGUUAAUGAACUGGUGAAACAAGUGCUAACGUGUAAUGUACGGUUAAUAUGACCUUGAUGUAUAUUUGUAAAUACUCUGCGAAAUACUAUGUAUUUUGUGUGUGUGUGUGAUUUACCUGGCUUGAAAAGAGAAUUUACAGUAUAGUGAGAAUUCGCACAUGUUCUUGACACUUCUUUGUGAAAGCCGGUUUCGA